AUGUCCAGCCAAGCUACCGCAAUUUCCGGCACCACCGGUACUGCUGAGAACACCAUGGGAUGGGAUCAUCCCCCGGAGAGACCCAAUUGCGACUGUCCCUUGGUGUCCAAGCCUAGCAUCGACAUCAGCAGCGACCAUCGUGGUUUGUCCAAGAUGGAGAAGACAGUUCACUUUUCGAAGUUCCUUGCCAGCAGGGACCUGAUCUAUGUUCAUCAUCUCGGCUGCAAGAUCAAAGACCUAGAGUGGACCCUCAAGAAGACUCUCAUACUUCAUGAUGAAACGCAGACGACCCUUCUCGCCAUCGAACAAAUUGCCACACGGCUAAGCGGCGCUAGUUCGGCCAGCCUUCAAUCCGAGAUCAAGCGCCUGAAGGCAGUUGUGUUGAAGCUCCACAAUGAGAUUCAAGCUACGACGGCCAAGAUCAGCUUCGCGACGGACGAACGCAGCGCACUUGCUAGUCUGGCCAACGACAUGGGCCUCGGCGUCGAGAAACUGGCCAACCCAAUCAGGCCCGACUACCUUAUGCAGCACGCCUUCGAGAUCCUUGUUCGCGACGUCCACGAGGGCAAGAUUGCUCUGCACGAGUCGGAGAAGGAGAAGAAAGCGUUGAAGCAGCAGUUGGACUACGAAAAGCAAUGCCAUGCGGAGGAGGUCACCAUAUUGGUCGAGGAGCGGGACGAAGUCAUGAGACAUGCGAGGAGCCCUUCCCCCGAUACAUACAACCAUCAGGGGGUCCUUGUCGAUCUGUUGUCUUGA